AUGAAUAAAGGAGAUUAUUCUGACGUUGAAGAGGAACAUGAUUUUACACAUGAAUAUACUCCAGAAGAUGAAUAUGGCGACGAAAGCGAUUUUGCGCACGAUGCACUAUCUGUAAUAGGGGCAUAUAAAGGGCAACGUAAUAGCAACAAUGAGCGACACGGGUUCGGCAAAGCUAUCUUACCAAACGGCGAUGCCUAUGUAGGAACAUAUAAAAAUGGGCAUAGGCACGGCCGCGGACAGUACAGAUUUAAAAACGGCGCCAUUUACCAGGGUUGUUACAGAGAAGGGCUGAGGAACGGAAAAGGAAUAAUGCGUUAUUCAGACAAGAGCAAAUAUGAAGGUCAUUGGAUAAAUAAUAAAAAAGACGGCACAGGUGUUUUCAAAUUUAAAAACAAAGACAAGUUUUCGGGAUCAUGGAAGUCUGAUAUGAAACAUGGAUUGGGAACUUACACGUUUUGCAAAACUGGUGCCAUUUUGAAGGGAAUGUGGUUGAACGAUAAAAAAGUUAAAAACUUUCAAGUUUUCUAUCCGGCUAGUAACGGUACUGGAUUCACAUUUUAUGGCACGUGGGAUGACAACGAGAUGGUUUCCGGAAAAGGGUAUUAUGUGUUUGAACAUUUGGCGUGCAUGCAAAGUGGUACUUACGUGGAAAACCUAUUCUACGAAAACGCGAAAUCCGCUGAAUUACAAAAUAAAAUCUGCAAGUCUAUGUGGUUGUCAAACGAAAUACUACCGAUUAUCGGUGGAAUGUUACCGUGUCUGCCAAAAACACAGUCUGUGGCCAGAGUGAAAUCUUCAUGUGACAUGAGUUUCCUGAUUUCCGAUAAAGUAUCUGCGCUGGACGUCCCGUCGCUAACGAUGAGUCGUGUGGAAAUAUACGAGCAUAAAGACGAUCUAUGGGCUGAAAUGGAAGAUCUAGAAACUGAGUCAAAAUUCAACCUGCAAGAAACCGUUGCAAAUUCGUUGAAUAAUCACGAAAAAGAUGUUUGA